AGCCCUGCUCUGUGUGUGUGUGUGUGUUUCUGUUGUGCGCCGAACUCCACGCUCACUGCACCCCAGCUGCCCUCUCUGCCCCAUGGCAGCCCCUCACCCCCUGUUGUUUCCAGGCUGGAAUUUGAGCAGCAGCUGGACGAGCUGAUGGAGACGCACAAGAGCCUCCAGGAGUGCCACAGCAUGGAGAAGCUGGCUGCCGAGAUCUGCAGCAUGGCCGAGAGCAAGGAACGUUUGCUGAGCGAAGACAAGCUGAUCCAAGACAACCUGGCCCAGGUCGAGAAGCAGAUGGACUCCCUGCCCCAGGCCGAGGCAGCUCCCAGCCAGGAGAGGAUGUUCCUGAAGAGCCAGGAGGCCAGCACUGCCCUGCAGCUGUUCCAACAGGAAAACAAGAGAGCGACCGAGUAUCUGGAGGCAGCUUCGCGCCGCCACUCAGAACUGCAGCAGAAGUUCAAGAGGCUGACGGCCGAGCUGGAAGCCCAGCAGGGAUCCAGGGGUGACUCGGCCAGCAUGGAAACAGAUGCCUAACCCCCCCCCCCCCCCC